AUGCCUCACCAAAGUAGCUCCGCAAGCUCGACAGGUUUUAGACCUGUUCCCCAGCAGAGCUUGGUCUAUCCUGCUACAUCGAGAUCCUGUUCGAUGUCUAACUCCGAAGCAAUCUCCUAUCAUUCGCCCCUCAGACGCCUGCGACACCGAUCCCGUCGUCCCCACGUCGCGUCUAUAGCAGAUAUUUUUAUUAGCUCGUUAGUGCUUGCUGGAUUCUGUCAUGAGCACUCUCCUCGGGCCAGGAGCAUUGCUACGGCGACUAGAUUCGCUUCAGGUGACAGACGUCCGGCUCUGCUCAAUCAGACCGUCAAUCGUCAACUCCCUGCCAGGAGAUGCCCUGAUCUUUCGAGGUCACCUAUCGAGCAUUUUCGAGGGAAGCAUACAAGGACGACCCGACUGUACUCGACAGAAGCUAAACAGAGUGUUGAUGAUUAUUCUAGCGAAUGCGAUUGGGGGGAGGAUUCGCCGGUGAGAAGCAUUGAAGGCAACGCACAUUCGGGGUCCGAUGAAGCAGCCAGGAGAUUUGACCCAGGGGAAGAUCAGAAGUCGAUGCUAGAAAUUGCACAGCCAGUGGCGCCUAGGGAGGAUGUGCUUGUUCGCGAGGCGCCAAAAGACACAGGCCCUCAUGAUUUGUCGUCGGCAGCUGUGGAAACAUACAAUCGUUGGAGCCAUAGUAAGCCGACCCCUGCGGCAGAGCGAGUCGAAGCUGUAUCUGAAUUCUACACCAGCGUUCUGGGAGAGAAGAAAGACUGGACAGAUGCAGUGAAAGCUGCAACAGAUGAGCAGGAGCAGGGUAACGUUAAAAUCCGGCGUGUCUUUUCUGGUUGGAAGGACACCUCGCGUGACAGGGUCGAGAACCCGGCGGUGCAACGGUUUCUGGAUGCUCUUUUUGAUGAGUCUAAAUCCAAUCAGUAUAUUUUCAGGCUCUAUAGGGAGCUCCCACCGCCAGGGGUUGCUCACCUGUCAAAGAAGACGCGAGGCAAGCUUCUCCGCCGGUUUGCAGACCCUCCAGACCGGCGCUGGUCUAAUGCCCGCCGCUACCUCGCUCUGGUAGACGACAUGACUGCUGCGAACCUUCCAUUGUCUCGCUCAUUGUGGACUUCUGCCAUUCAUCUUGUCGCGCGUGCGACUGGACGAGUGCGUAAAGAGGACCUAAGGAAAGCCAUUGGUCUAUGGCGACGGAUGGAACAUGUGGCGGGAAUAAGGUCGGACAGCGCUGUGUUCGAAGUCCUCUUUGACAUUUCUCUCAAGGCUGGCCAGUAUAUGGUGACUGAGCGUUUGGUGGCUGAGAUGAAGAAGCGUGGUCUCAGUUUCACGCGGAAUGGCCGAGUCUCCAAUAUCUAUUACCACGGCCUUCAAAAAGACGUCGAUGGGAUCCGCAGAGCCUUUAGUGAUUUUGUUCAGUCCGGGGGGAUUGUCGACACGGUAGUCUUGAACUGUCUGCUCGCUUCUUUUCUCCAGGCAGGUGACCUUCAGACAGCAGAACAGCUGUAUGAUCGCAUGAUGGUGGCACAAAAGAAGUUGCAAAAGGAGUUCCCCGGUGGAAGUCAGCAUUUGCUCCAUCACCCGUCAUUGUCUUCCGAAUACGUUCUCUAUCGGAAGAAGAAUAAGAAGUUUGGCCGGGUUCUAAAGAUGUCUGCUCAACUCCAAGAGCGCUUCCCCGAAUAUCAUCAAAUGUUACAGGAUUCUCUACCAAUGACUCCCGAUACAAGGACGUUCCACAUACUUCUCUCCCACCACGCUCACCACACUGGCGAUUUGCACAAGUUCAUGGCCAUUCUCAGAGAUAUGGAGCAUACUUUCCGCGUUCCUCCUCGCGGUAUGGUGUAUCUGUUCUUGUUUGAAGGGUUUGCACGUCAUGGUCGGCGAGGCAAAGGCUGGACGGCGGAGAGGCUACGGGAUACUUGGGCUGCAUUCCGACGCGCCUUGUACGAGUCGAGGGCAAGGCUCAAUGAUCGCCUUCCCCGGGACCAGAUAUCUUGGGAGAACCCUCUGGCGAAAAGCAUGGAUGUCGAGGUGGAACGCUCCCCUGCUGACAUAUAUACACCGCUGCCAUGGGGCAAUUCUCGGCAGAGACAGAACAAUGAAGCGAAAGGGGAGGAUGAGGGAGAGAAAGAGGGGGAAGAAGAAGAGGACGAGGAGGAGUGGGAUGAAGAUGAUGCCGACGAGGAUGAGGUGGAGGGCAUGUUCUCUAACACAGAACCGCGCAGCGACGCUCUUUACGAGGAGCUGGAGGAGCUUGAACGGCGCAUUGAAAACGGUGUCUUUUUGGGUCGCAGGCUCAUCACUGCAAUUCUACGCGCCUUCGGAACCUGCUGUGACCCUGACACCCUCUUGAACGUGUGGCUACAGAUCGAACGGAUCUGGCAUGUGAAGAAACGGAGAGCUUUGGAUGUACUCGCUGUCAAGGAGGAGCUUGACAAGCAAUUGAAUAAAGCCCGGAGACUUUCCAAUAAAGAGUGA